AUGCAUUGUAAACAACUAAUUGAUGAUGUAGUAUUUAUGUUUAAAUAUAUUCGAAAUGAGAAAUUAGAAGAAAAUUAUGAAGAAAUUCUAGAUGAUCUCACAGAGUUAUGUGAUAUAACUGAUCAUUUUAUUGCUCCACUUAACGAACGAUUUUCUACUCAUCAGUGGUUGUUAUUGAGCUUAUCUCGUCUCAUACCAGCAUUCAUCGAAGGAAAACCAUUUGAUGAUAUUAAAGAAGCUGUUGAAAUAUAUCAAACUUUGUUACAUGGUUCAACAAGUGUUAACAAACAAGAGUUUUUAUUAUAUCAGAAAAAAUGA